AUGGCCGAGCGUGUCAGUAGCCACAGCGAUCUUAUACCCCCGCGAUGCUCUGGGGAAACGGAUCCGGAUGCUGAUAGGAUUGUGAGGAUACCUAUAUUCAAGCGCAAUAUCUAUGUUCCAUCUCAUGGUGCAUCUUCGGCCGACCUGGCGGACUUUAUGUGGCUUCUUAAGUUUGGUGGGCCAGAGCAAUGGUAUGAGAGACCAGAACCAGUUAAGCUGGACCGGAUGACUGUUCUUGAUGCUGUUGGAUGUCUACGAUGUCCACCAGAUGAGCUGAAGGCUCUCGACAAUCCUCGACCGUUGUCUCUUGAUGUCCCUCAGAUAUGGGUCUCCGCAGCCUUGAACACUCCCACCGAUGAUGAUGUAUUUGACUGCAUGGCCGGUCACGGAGACUUUGCUGGAAAGUGCAAUCAAUGUACCGUUGGGAAGCGUGAGGCGCUCGAGAAAACCUCACUGGUAUACACCCUCGUCCUAUCGACAUUCCAGGCGAAUGAGUAUUACUCUGGCAAGAACAGCCUGUCUGGGAAUGGAAAGAACAUUUACAAGAUGAUUCGAUGUGGUGGAAGAGAAGCUGCUGCUGCUGCCGCCUUCUAUGCUGCUCAAGAUUCGAUAUAG